AUGAAAACAGAACCGCUUUACGGGUCCGUUAAGUUACCGGGACUUUCGAGAAAAGGGCCCCUGUAGCUGGGCUAAAGUCACGCACACGUUUAGAAUGUGGUUGUGCCACUAAAAUAUAAUAACAAAAAAAAUUGUAGAUGAAAAAUAUAUUUCAUGUUUCUUCACUUUCGGCACCAAAGGCAUAUCUCAUACAUAAUCUUAAUGAAAAUGACGUCUUCUAUCAAGAAGUGAGGGCACCGUUUACAAGAUGUUCCCUAUCAUUCCAAAUUCGUUAGCAAUCUUUCUGUGUAGACAUCAGAUAAAGGGUAGACAAACAACGGGACAAAAAACAAAUAAACAAAGAUGAUAUUUGCAGCCUUGCCUUCAGAUUUCCGUUGUGUGAUCGCUCCCUAAAACUCGCGUAAUAGAAGACAGACCUUUCGAACCCCGUAAACCGCAUCUCAAGUGUUUGAGUUUACAAUAUCUUGGUUUUUUUUUUUUUUAUCAUAUUCGCCUCAAGUUUCACCGCAGGAGAUUACCAUUACGGUGUGUUUUAAAAUAUUUAUGAUAAAUAAGUUUUUUUUCUCUCAAAAAAUAAUUUUUUUUUAUUCUUUUGUUUAUUUACAGAACAAUCAAUUCACCAGAUCAGAAAUUUGCGGACGAAUUUCAAAAUCGAGCUUGCUUGAAGUAAAUAGACAUUGGGGGCAAAGGGGCAAAAAUAAUUGAUCUCAUAUUUCUUAUAUGAAUAUUACUACUAUUUUUAAUGAGUAGUCUCAUUUCCGAGUCUGCCGGGAACGAAGCUGAGUCAGUAGAGAAGUCAACCACGUACAAGCUUUAUUUCUUACUUACUUUCCAUUCUAAGACCCUCUCGCGUUUUAACAGCCAAAAGAAGACAUGUCAAGUUCAUCGAAUGCAACUUAUACACCGGAGGACUUCGACAUUUACUACGAAAUAGACGUGGCCUCCAUAGUUGUCAUGCUAUUCUUAGCUGUUGUAACAAUUUUCAGCAAUGGGGCUUUUUUGUGGACUUUCUACAAAGAUCCACUAAAAUGUCUUCGAACGCCUUCUGCAAUUUUCAUCUCUGGUUUGACGAGCGCCAAUUUUGUAAGUGGCCUGAUCGUGGAGCCAGCUUUUGUGGCAUUUUAUUUCCGACAUUUCCUCUCGCACUCGACAGAAUUUCUUCAGUACUUCAGUGUUGCGCAGUGUUUUGCUUUCAUGACCACAACUACUUCAUUCCUAGUUACACUGGCACUGGCGAUAGUCCAAUACUUACUGAUCAAGUUUCCCAUCGGUUAUCAGAAAAUCGUCAGUCCUGUAUCGGCUUUUGUUGGCGUGUUUUCCAUCUGGCUUUAUUCAAUAAUUUUUGGCUUGAUUCCACUGAUGUCUACCGUCGAUAGAUUUGCAUAUGUCUUGACGAACCUUGUACUUCAUAUAAUGAUACCGACUGUUUUACUUGUAAUCUUGUACAUUGCUAUUUAUUUGGAGUUUCGGAGUCGUUUCCAAGUUAACUUUGUCGGAAGAAUGGUAGGACAAGAUCGCUUAUUACAACCCACAGAAUCCGAGGAGCAGCGAAGAAAAGCAGAGAAGGAAUUCGCCGUCGGAACAUUUAUUUUGACCUUUGUACUAAUAAUUCUUGUCUGGCCAUUUUGUGUGUCUCUGUACUGGGUGAAUUGUUGUUUCACAAGGAGUGCAGCUUUAGCAGUGAGAAUCGCUCAACUUUUCUUACUGUGCAAGUUUGCUGUAGAUCCGUUCCUGUUUGCUUGGCGUUUUCAAAAGUUUAGGAAGUCUUUGUUUCUGGCAAUGCAAAGUAUUUGUUUUUGUUUUAAGCCGACGUUACCGCACGCCACAUUUGUAAGAAAGAAGGAAGAAACUAGUCCUCAAUCUGACGAUGACCAAGAGGGACUCGAAGUAACUGUCGUGAGGGAUUGAUUGAGAUUAACACUUAAUAUUUAAUGUUUAUAAGAUAUGUGACUAAUCUUCUCAGACGCCUUAUGGGGUGUCACGCAACGCCCUUCUAUUCGUGGGAGAUUUGUGUGACAUUCCUAACGGCUGCAGAAGAGUAGAAUGUGUGACGAACGCUACAUAAAUUAUUCGAGAAUCUUGGUAGAUUUCUGGCAUGAAUAACAUGUGGAUGGCAAAUUCUUAGGUACAGUGAAAUAUCUCAUAAUAGUUUUAGAAAGUUAGGGACUCAGUGUGGAUUCUUGCUUACAGGCAUUCAUAGCCAUGUUGAUGAUCAGCAAUUCUGUUAUUUUUAAGGUAAUAAGAAUUUGGUAUCCCCUGCAUUUAUUUGACGAGUAGCACUAUUCUAUGAACGUAAUUCGCAGUUUUCUUUUUUCUAUUUUAUCUAUUUUUCAUGACAAAAUUUCUCUACAAGACUUUUAUAGUUAUGCUAUACGUCACUUUCGCUAGAAGGAUACAAUUCACCAAAACUUCCCUACCAAAUUACUAGUACUAGCACAUAAUUACUACAUUACAACAUAUAACAUAUUUACAACACAUCAAUGAACACUAAAAAGUAUUAUCAGUACUACUCUACAAUACUUACCGUUGUAUUUUACAAGAACUAUGUAGGCGCUUGAGAAGGGAGGAAAAAAAAAGGACCUGGACUAUUUUUUGUAACGAGUUAAGAGCAUAUUCCUCCCCGAUGUAAUUUUCCGCUCUAUUUGGCAGGUUUCUUGUAUCUUGGCCAUGAAUACCUUUAAAGACGUUUGUAUGAAUGAAAUAUCUAUAAAAAUAUAUGGUGAUAAUGUAGUCUUCAGCGGUAUCAAAACCUCCAAAAAGAACUUGUAGAUAGGUAGAAUUACUUUAUUUGCUCACUUAACUAAGACGAAAUAAAGUGCCAAAGUUGUUUUGUUACG